AUGCCCAGGUUCACGGUGCACGUGCGCGGGGAAUGGCUGGCCGUGCCCUGCCGGGACGCGCAGCUCACCGUGGGCUGGCUGGGCCGCGAGGCCGUGCGCCGCUACGUCAAGAACAAGCCCGACAACGGCGGCUUCGCCUCGGUGGACGACGUGCGCUUCCUCGUGCGCCGCUGCAAGGGCCUGGGCCUGCUCGACAACGACGACCCGCUGGAGGUGGCCCUGGAGGACAAUGAGUUCGUGGAAGUGGUUAUAGAAGGCGAUGCAAUGUCCCCCGACUUCAUUCCAUCUCAACCAGAAGGAGUUUACCUAUACAGCAAAUACCGGGAGCCUGAAAAGUACAUGGCUUUAGACGGGGACAGCCUGACCACAGAGGAUCUGGUCAACCUGGGAAAGGGACACUACAAAAUAAAGCUCACCUCAACUGCUGAGAAGAAGGUACAAAAAUCCAGGGAAGUCAUAGAUAGUAUCGUGAGAGAAAAAACAGUUGUUUACGGCAUUACUACAGGUUUUGGGAAAUUUGCCAGGACUGUAAUUCCUAUCAAUAAGCUACAGGAGCUUCAGGUCAAUUUAGUACGUUCACAUUCUUCAGGUGUUGGGAAACCACUAAGUCCUGAAAGAUGUCGGAUGCUCUUGGCUUUGAGGAUCAAUGUCUUAGCCAAAGGAUACAGCGGCAUUUCCCUGGAGACCCUCAAACAAGUUAUCGAAGUGUUUAAUGCCUCCUGCCUGCCCUAUGUUCCAGAGAAAGGAACCGUUGCUGCCAGUGGAGACCUUGCCCCACUCUCUCAUCUUGCUCUCGGGCUAAUUGGAGAAGGGAAGAUGUGGUCUCCAAAGAGUGGCUGGGCUGAUGCAAAAUAUGUCCUGGAAGCCCAUGGAUUGAAACCAGUUGUUUUGAAACCAAAAGAGGGCCUGGCACUCAUCAACGGGACACAGAUGAUCACCUCCUUGGGCUGUGAAGCUGUAGAGAGAGCCAGUGCUAUUGCACGGCAGGCGGACAUUGUGGCGGCCCUGACCCUCGAGGUGCUGAAAGGCACCACCAAAGCCUUCGAUACUGAUAUUCAUGCUCUUCGCCCUCAUCGUGGGCAAAUUGAAGUUGCUUUUCGGUUUCGGUCACUAUUGGACUCGGAUCACCACCCAUCAGAAAUAGCAGAAAGUCACAGGUUCUGUGAUCGUGUUCAAGAUGCAUACACUUUGCGCUGCUGUCCACAGGUCCACGGUGUGGUGAAUGACACGAUAGCAUUUGUAAAGAACAUCAUUAUCACAGAACUGAACAGUGCGACAGAUAAUCCUAUGGUCUUUGCCAGUAGGGGAGAGACUAUUUCUGGAGGAAACUUCCAUGGUGAAUACCCAGCCAAAGCCCUGGACUAUUUGGCCAUUGGCAUCCAUGAACUCGCUGCGAUUAGCGAAAGAAGAAUUGAAAGGCUCUGUAAUCCCUCCCUCAGUGAGCUGCCUGCCUUCCUGGUGGCUGAAGGUGGUCUGAACUCUGGGUUCAUGAUAGCCCACUGCACAGCUGCGGCCCUUGUUUCUGAGAACAAGGCUCUGUGCCACCCCUCGUCUGUGGACUCUCUCUCCACCAGCGCUGCCACGGAAGACCACGUCUCCAUGGGAGGAUGGGCAGCGAGGAAGGCCCUCAGGGUCAUCGAGCAAGUGGAGCAAGUGCUGGCCAUCGAACUUCUUGCAGCCUGCCAGGGCAUAGAGUUUCUGCGUCCCCUGAGAACAACCACUCCACUGGAAAAGGUCUACGACCUGGUGCGCUCUGUUGUAAGGCCCUGGAUAAAAGAUCGCUUCAUGGCCCCAGACAUAGAGGCGGCACACAGGCUGCUCCUGGAGCAGAAGGUUUGGGAAGUAGCCUCGCCAUACAUCGAAAAGUAUAGAAUGGAGCAUAUUCCAGAAUCCAGACCUGUUUCUCCAACAGCCUUUUCACUAGAAUUCCUUCACAAGAAAUCCACCAAAAUCCCUGAGUCCGAGGAUCUGUAA